CUCUCGCUUUCGUUUGGAGUGACCAGCAGCGCAGCGCUCGGAAAGCUACCUCGGCCGUGAGCUUUCCGAAGCCCGACUGCUGCUGCUGCACCGCACUGCACCAGCUGGUUGAGCCACACAAAAAAGGUGGCGAAUGCGGCUGCGGUGGCUAUGGAAAAAAGGCAAAAAAUAACCAAAUUGAUCGCGAUCAGUGAUUGCCUUAGCCCGUGUGCGGUUUCUGCUCGAGGUGUUCGACGCCGCGGCAAAAGGCAACUCCGGCUGGGGCCAACCGAUCAUUACGCCGUUUGGAUUGGUUUGAGGCACACCUCGCGCGGGCUCACAUCACACAUUGGACCUACUUGGAAUAUUACUGAAGUGUCCAGCUCAGAGGAGAACCCACCGGGACAAUCUGCCGCCACCGCCAAGGAACCAGUAUUCGAGCAGUGAUUCGACGAUCUUCCGAAACUUUACACCAUGAAGCCGUUCAGUUGGAGUACGAGUGUGUUGGUGGUCCUGUGCCUUGGCGCCUGCGCCCUGGCCGCUCCCAGCAAUGUCCGGGUGAAGCGCGGCGACACCGAACUCAGCGACGUCGAGCUUGUUGGAGCCGAGGACGCGUCCCUCGGCAACGACCUUGACCGUGACAAGCGAAAAAUUCCUGACCCCAAGUUCGAAGCCAAGAACGCCAUCCUCGGAUUCGUUUUCGGAAAAAUCAACUCCCUGAUCGACGCCAAGACCCGGCUGGUGGACAAACUGGACCAAACGAACAUCGAGAAGAACAAGCAGCACCACAUCGAAUCGCCGAAGCCGAUCACCAGCUUCCAGACGUUGGUUUCGUCGGUCAUCACGCCGAAGGUGCAGUUCAUCACGUCCAAAAUUGGUUCGUUCAGCGGUGGACUGCUGGGAGGAUCGUCCGGCGGCGGUGGACACUCCAAUGGAAAUGGGGAUGAUCAUGGCAAUGGAAGUCCGGCGUCUCCCGGACUGGGAGGUGUCGUGUCUUCGCUGUUGAAGCUUUCGGGGCCGAUCCUAUCGGGAUCGUCGGGAGCCAAUGGGGGGAACUCGGUUUCACUGGGGGAUAACGAUGAUGAUGAUGAGUAGAUGAGUAGGUAGGAAGUCCGAAGAAGUGCCGUACCAUAGUUGAAGACAUUUAAGUUUUGAAUUUAUAACGGAUCGGGGGCAAGGGCGGAUGGUUGCCGGGUGGGGAUCGGGUGGAGUUUUGGAGUAGUUAUGUACUGAACAAUCAUCAAUUUUGCAGUUGAGUCUGCUGCGAUGCCUUUCCAAGCAAUAAUUUGAAGUCCAGUUGGCUUUGAGGAGGUUCCUAAAACUGUCAUAAAACCUAGACGAAUAAAUUUCGGUUUUAUGAUGGUUCUAAGGACCUCCUCGAAUCCAUCGGACUGUAAAAAUUUACUUGAACUGCCAUUUCCAAGUAACAUUUUAUGUCAUGUAGAUUCAAGGUAGCUAUAAAUACCUAUAAAAACUAAAAUAAAAUCUUCUUGGUUUUAUGGUAGUUCUCAGAACCUCUUGAAUGCCAAUUGAUCUUCAAAUUGUUGCUUGGGAUUCACUCUACGUCCACAGCUAUUUCUCGUUGUCUGUCCAUACAUACAAAUGGAAGUGAACCCAUUAAAAAGAUCAGCUCUUUUCGUUAAAAAAAACUACUGAGAAAUUACGUUGAGCAUAUAGUUGAUGGCAACGUGUGAUAGUAGUCUUGACUGUAUUAUUUAUAUACUGCAUUUUACAUCCAUAAAAGUAAUCAAACUCAAUGGCUUCUUUGGACUAUUCGGAUUUCAUCAUCCCAUCCUCUAUGGAGCCACCAUGCUGCCCUGGCUUAUCUGAACAAAAGUUCAUUUGAAUCUGCUUAGAGAUCAUAAGGCCCAUCCAAAUGUUCAAUAUAGGCCUUCCUCAUUUUUUCAUUGGCCUCUUACAGGCGUCUUUGGGCUACCUUAAUUUCAUUCUGGAUCACUCAAAUUUUCUCGGAUAGCCAGAAGUCUAUUCGAAGCGGUGAUCAUUCCAUCUAUAAACCACAAUGACUUACUUGGCUAUCCUAUCCUCUGUUGGAGCCACCAUAAUGUCUACAUUGAUCGUUCCAAGGUUCAUUUGAUUCAGCCGGUCAACCCAAAUGUUCGCGGAGACCUUUCUUAUGUCUCCAUGAGCCUUUUUCAGAAUUCUUUGGGCUACUUAAUCUUCAUUUGCACCACUCCAAUGUUUAUUUGAACUACCCCAAUGACUUUUUGGAUUACCCAGACGUUUGUUUUGACUAUUCCAUUACUUCCAUGAACCAUGACCAUGCUUCUUUGGGUCAAAUAGUGCUACUUCGGCCAUUCCAAUGGCCCUUUCGUGAUACUCUUGUGUUGGCUUGAAGCACUUCAAAAUAGAAUUACGGGGUCAAUGUUUCAUAGGACUACCCUAACUUAGUCAUCCUAGCAAUUAUCAAGACCACCAUAAUGGCAAUCUUGACAAAUCUAAAGUCAUUGAAUCUUAAAUCCAGCCCCACCUCUACUGGAGUCACCAAAAUGUCCAGAUUGGCUUGUUCAAGGUCCAUUUGAGUCAGUCCAGUGUUCAUACGGUUCACCCCAAUGUUCAUAAAGGCCUUUCUGAUAUCUCCACGGUCAUCUUAUCGAUGUCUUUGGGCUACGUAAUCUGCAUGCACCACUUCAAUGUUUAUCUGGACUAUCCUAAUGGCUUUUUCAACUAUCCUGACGUUCGUUUGAACCACCUUGAUGCCUCCAUGGACCAUUUGGUUUAAAUAGUGCUACUUGGGCCACUCAUAUGUCUUUUUGAUAGUACUCUUGUGUUGAUUUGGAUUAAUGAUUUAUAUAUGAGACACUUAAACAUAUAAUAACGGGGCCAAUGUUUCAUUGGAGCCACCAUAUUGUCCAAAGUUCAUUUAAUUCAGUCUAAUGUUCAUAAGGUCCUCUCAUGUGUUCGACCUUCUCAUCAAACCAUGGCCCACUUAUGGAUAUCUUUGUGCUACUUAACCUUCAUUUGCAUCACUUCAAUGCUUAUUUGGAGAUCUUUAUGGCUUUUUAGAGUACCCUGACGUUUGUUUAGACCAUAUUGCUGUCUCCAUGGGUCAUGUCCAUGUUUCUUUGGGCCAAAUAGUGCUGCAUAAUCCACACCAGCAUUCUUUUGGUGAUGCUCUCUUCCUAAAUUUAGCCAUCUUUACAACUAUUAUGGCAAUCUUGUUGAAUUCGAGAUUAAUGGGAUAAAUGGUUCAUUUGAGCUUAUUCUUAUUUUCAUUCGGCCUACCUUCACAUUCGUUUGGAACACCCUAAAGGUCCCAAGGCUUAUGUUAUUUUUUUUUGAAGUACUCAUGUCGACCUUGGACCAAUGAAUCUAUUUGAAGUGCCCUUCCGUCAAUCAAAGUGACCUUUGUAUUUUUGGACCCUCCUGAUUUGGCCAUCCUAUCCUCUAUUGGAGAAACCAUUAUAUCCAGAUUGACUGGCCCAUGGUUAAGUUGAGUCGGCCUAGUGUUCAAAAGGUCUACCAAAAUGCUUUAUUGAGACCUUUGUUAUACCUCCACAGCCUACUUCAAUGUUCUUUACCACCUAAGCACUUUACACACCCAGAAGCUCGUUUUGAAAAUUCAGGCAUCAUGUCCAUCUUGACCUAUCCAAAGGUAUUGCGGGUCAUCCUUACACCCAUUUGGUUCCUCUCAAUGUAAUCGAAUCCUCUGCUGGAGCCACCAUAAUAUCUAGUUUAACCGGUCCAUGGUUCAUUUGAACUAGACUAGUGUUCAUAAGCGCAGCUCAAACUUCCGUAAUGGAUUUCAUAUAGCUCAAUGAGCGCCCUACUGGAUUCUUUGAGCACCCUUAACCUCACUCAAGAGCUUUGCACCUUGAAGCUCGUCUUGGACAUUCUUUGGGCAUCAUGUCCAUCUUUCCCAAUCAAAAAUCAAUGCGGGUCAUCCUUAAGCACAUUUCAUCCAUCUCAACGCAAUCUUAUCCUUUUUGGAGCCACCAUAAUUUCCAGAUUGACCUGUACACGGUGUAUUUUAGUCAGCCUAGUGUUGAUAGGGGACACCCAAAUUUUCGUAAAGACCUUUCUUGUAUCUUCAUGAGCAUCUUUAUUGAUUGUUGGAGCUUGACAGUCUUCACUUAAAUCAAUAAUGCACUUUGUAGAAAUUUGAAGCUCGUUCUGGACACUCAUCGGGCAUCAUGUCCGCCUUAAUCAACCCAAAUUUAUUGAGGGUCAUCCUAAAACCCAUUCGGUCCAUCUAAAUAUCAUCGGAUAUUUAUCGUGGCCACCAUAAUAUCCAAAUGGACUGGUCGAUGGUUCGUUUGAGUUAGACAAGUAUUCAUAAGUGCUGCCCAAACGUCCGAAAUGGAUUUCAUUACGCUCCAUGAGCUUCUUAUAGGAUUCUUUGAGCUACCUCAACCUCAUUUGACUCAAGUACUAUGGACCACCUUAAGACUCGUUCUGAACACUCUUUGGACAUCAUGUCCAUCUUUACCAAUCCAGAGUUAAUGCGGUUCAUUUGGCCCAUCUAAGUCGUAUCUAAUACUCUUUGUAGCCACCAUAAUAUUCAGAUUGACCGGUCCACGGUUUAUUUGAGGAAGCCUAGUGUUCAUAAUGGCAACCCAAGUGUCCGUAAUAGAUUUCUCAUAAAACUUAAAACUACCCUGAAGCUCGUCUUGGACAUCUUUUGAGCAUCAUGGGCCAGCCCUUGAGAAGGAGCCAGUUCUACAACGUGCUUUGACUGCGUGUUGAUCACUAUUUUGAAUCACUUUAUCAACCAAAAUGUGUGCUUCUCAAGCAACACACAUGUCUUAUAAGAGUCAAGGCAGCGAAAGUUUCGGUUGUUUAGGAGUUACUAUGACUUCCUUCUAGCAUUAUCCUAGAAGUUAAGCACAGUGACUUCUGUAUGACCAAUACUUGCAUUGCAGUGAUUUAUAUGUGACAGGUGUCUUGCUUGAGUUUUCAACGCAGUCGAACGCUCAAUGUAACUGUAAUAUAACUUAUGUAAGAUAAUUUGGUGUUAAAAAAGUUCGUGUCAGUCUGAGCUGAGUACAUAGAAGCCGGUUUAUUGAUCACUUGGAUGCAUUAAACUCCUCUAAACUACAUUUCAUCACGCAUUUCUAAACAAGCAGAAGAAAAUUGUUACAACAACGCUUACAUAACUUGUUUUUGUUACACAGAAGUUACAGCAUCCCAAGCAGCACACAGAUGUCACGGAGGAGAGUAACGGCAGCACAAGUUUUGGUUGCACAGAUGUGACAGCCCAAGCAACAAACAUGUUUUAUAAGAGUUAUAGAAACGCAGAUUUUGGUUGUAUAGGAGUCAUUUUGACGUAGUUUUAGCAUUGUGUUAGAAUUAAGUCAAAUUAACUCUUUACAGCUAAAACUUGCGCUGUCGUGAUUCUUACACUGCAUGUGUGUUGCUUGGGUAUGACUAACUUUCAGCACAAUGCUGGAAGUAAGUCACAGAGACAUCUGCGGAACAAAAACUUGCGCUGCCGUGACUCUUCUGUGACAUCUGUGCGUUAUCACAACCCUCCAACUCCAAAACUCCACCCAAAAACCACCUGCAGCCAAUUUAGGUCAAUUCAUGUAGAAAAAAAAGCAAAAAAAGAUAAACGACGCUAACAAAUGUAUAAAAGAGGAAGGGCUAGUUCGUAGUACGGGAUAAAUCAUGUGUGUAGAAAUGUUCCAUGCGUUACAUCGUUAAAACAUCGAAUUCAUAAAAACAGAACACGAAAAUCAUGACGACGUCAACAAAUUCAUCCACAUCUUUGUGUGAUCAUGCAAUCGCAAUCGCAAUCAUUCAUUUUUACCUGUACCUAUUUGUAUUUGUAUAGAGAAAAAAAAACCGAAAUAUGUAAAAUUGUAACCCGAGUGAAGCUCUAGUUAGGGAAGAGUCAUCCGGAGGAACCGGGUAUGCGGUCACUCCACGGAGUUAUUUGUAUAGUUAGUUGACAAAAAAUGUUACAAAAAGUGAAAAUUAAAAAAAAACAUGUUGUUCAGAUAUAAACAAACAAAAAACAUUGUAAAUUGUACAUAUUCAUGGAUGUCAAACAAGGAUCGAAUCCAACUGAAGUAAACCUAUCGAGGUGAACAGAGUGUGAGAGAGUAAUAAAAGCUACCAUAACAAAAAAACAUUAACCACCAACACGUGUUUUGAAUGUUUCCCGAUGCAUACUAAUCCCUGAUGAUGAUGUUGAUGAUGGAAUCGUGUGUCUUCCAAACUCCUCAGGUCCCCGGUUAGUUGUUGUCUGUCUGUAC